AUGUCUACAGCACACAGACCGACAUGGGACCCUGCGCAAGCGAAAGAUGUCAAGGGCGGGUCGCGCCAGUUUUCGGUGCGGGACAUGGCUGCACAUACGAAGUUGAAGUUCCGGCAACCAGGUCAGACAUCUGUGGGAGAGGUUGCGAAGCGCGACUUGAGGGCUGAGCUACUGGUGGCGGAGGCGGUGGCGCGGGACAAGAAGCGGAAGGCAGAGGGCAAGCCGCCACUGGCGGUGGAGAACGGGCAGGACGAGGAGGUGAACAAGAGGCGAAAGCUGCUGCAGGAUGCGAUAGAGCUAGACAAGGACGAUGAUGACGAUGAUGCGGAUGAGAAGGAGGAUAAGGAGGAUAAGGACGAGGACGAGGACGACGAGGAUGAUGAGGAUGACGAAGAGGAUGAUGCUGCAGAGCUCAUGCGCGAGCUUGAGAAGAUCAAGCGCGAACGCGCGGAGGAGAAAGCACGGCAGGAGCGCGAGCAGUCUGAGAAGUCUACGGCAGCACGGGAGGCCGAGAUUGCAACAGCAAAUCCGCUCCUGAACUUGGCAGCAGCAUUGGGACAGACCCCCAACGGGGUCAACACGACUGUGCCAGGGACGUUUGCAGUCAAACGGCGGUGGGACGAUGACUUGAUCUUCAAGAAUCAGGCAAUGAGUUCCCGAGACAAGGACAAAGCUUCUGGACAGUUUGUCAACGAUCUAUUACGGACGCAAUUUCACAAGAAAUUCAUGGCCAAGUUUAUCAAGGUAUGA